AUGAAUUGCUUUAAGGGCGCUUUAUUGUUUUUAUUUUUGUUUCCCUCUGCUUUUUUUGUAGACUCUUACAGGAAUAAGAAUCUCAGUUUGGAAUCCUCAUUUCUUGAGGGAAAUGCUUUGGAUAUCACGGAUGAGCUCAGUGAGGCUUUCCUCACUGAAUUGGAGGUUUUCAAUGAGAAGGUGCUUGAGAAGCUUGCUGAUCGUAUGAUCAACGUGUUAAACACCAGCGGUUUCGAUUUAAACAGGGAAGAGAACGUCGAUGCAUUGUACACCUUCCUCCAGGAAGCCAAUCUAGAAUUACCAGAGGAGGGAAGCACUGCGGUAACUAAACCGAGUUUCAAGUCCCGCCUCUUGCAAUCACUGAAGAAGGCCGCCACGGGCAUCGGUAAAGAGGCCCUGAUGCACGCAACCCGCGCCGCAAUUUCAUUUGGAAUCAAAGAGUCACUCCCCAACCUCGAAAUCAUAUUUAAAAGGGCCCUGAAUAACCUGCCUCUGAAACUGAAAAUAGCCGUUGCACCACUCGCCUUCAAGAUGUGGACGAACAUAUUUAAAAAGGCCCACGUGGACCCUCCGAAACACUUCACGCUCAGACACAUCAUUCUCGACGGACUCAGUGAAAGCGACAGGAAGUUGGCAGAAGAAUACAUAGAUUAA